AUGAGUGAUAGAGAUUAUUUACCUUUAUCAGCAACAUUAGUUAAAACAUUAACUGACAAAUUAUAUGAAAAACGUAAAACUGCGGCACUUGAGAUUGAAAAAAUGGUACGAGAAUUAAUAGCUGUCCAAAAUUAUGAACAAAUUGAACGGAUUUGUAAAAUACUCAGUGAACAUUUUGUUUUAUCACAAAAUGGAAAUUUUCGUCGUGGUGGUUUAAUUGGUAUUGCAGCAUUAGCAAUAGCAUGUGGCAAAGAAGCACAAAGAUUUAAAUCGUAUCUUGUACCACCUGUAUUACAAUGUUUUCUUGAUAAUGAUCCAAAAGUUCGAUAUUAUGCAUGUGAAUCAUUGUAUAAUAUAGCAAAAGUUCUUCGAACAGUAACACUUUCUUAUUUUAAUGAAAUAUUUGAUUGUCUUUCGAAACUUGUAUGCGAUCUUGAACCAACAGUAAAAAGUGGAGCUGAACUUUGUGAUCGUUUAUUGAAAGAUAUUGUAAUUGAAACAUGUACUCAAUUUGAAGUUAUUGCUUUUAUUCCACUUCUACGUGAACGAAUUUAUGUUCGUAAUGCAUUUACUCGACAAUUUAUUGUUUCUUGGGUAUCUUUACUUACAUCUGUACCGGAAUUUGAUAUGGUGCAAUAUUUACCAGAAAUUAUGGAUGGUUUAUUUCAUAUUUUAGGUGAUCCUAAUCCUGAGAUUCGUAAAUCUUGUGAGAUAUUAUUUAGUGAAUUUUUAUCUAUUCUAAAAACAUCUCAAGUUCAACCGGAUAUGUUUGAAGAUAUGACUCGAAUUCUAAUACAAAAUAGUCAAUCAUCAGAUGACUUAAUUCAAUAUACAGCAUUAUAUUGGCUACGAGAAUUUCUUAAUAUGUCAAAAUGUCAUCAAGUACUUUUACCUCAUUCAGCAGGAUUAUUAUCGGCUGUACUUCCAUGUUUUUCAUACGAUGAUGAUAGUCGUCAAAACAUUCGAGAGACAGCCAAAGAGAUCAAUUCAAUUUUACGGCAAUUAAUUAAAAAUGAAAGUACUAGCAAAAGCAAUGAAAACAAUGUCAUUCAUAAUUUACCAGAUUUGACUAUAACAAAAAUGGUUGAAGUACUUAAAACUCAAAUACAAUCGGGUGCUUCACCAUCACGUAUUACUGCAUUAGGUUGGGUUCAUCAUCUAUUUGAAUGUCUUCAAGAUCAGAUGGCUUCACAUAUCGAUGUUUUAUUUCCAACAUUAUUUCGUGUACUAAGCGAUCCAUCUGAUGAGUCUCCAACAUCAGUAACUACUACAUAUUCACCAUUAUCAUUACGAAAAAAAUCUAAUAAACAGCAACAUCAAUAUACGACAGAAGCUGUACUUUUGGUUUUACAAGUUUUUGCAUUAAUCUCAACAUCAAAUCGAACAAAUACAGAUAGAAAUUAUAAUGAUUAUUUUACAAAAUUUGUUAUUGUACUUAUGGAUUUAUUUCGCACAGAUCGACCACUUUUAGAAGCUCGAGGAUCAUUUAUUAUUCGGCAAUUAUGUAUGCUUCUUUCACCUGAAGAUAUAUAUAAAACAUUAUCUGAAACAUUAGCUAAUGAGCCUGAUACUAAUUUUGCUUCAAUAAUGGUUAAAAUUCUUAGUUCAAUAUUAUUAACAUCAACAGAAUUACAUGAUUUAAGAGUUAAAUUAAAAAAUUUACAAACAAUAGAAAGUGCUGAUUUAUUAGUAUGUCUUUAUAAAACAUGGUGUCAUAAUCCAAUAGCAUUAGUUGCAUUAUGUUUUUUAUCACAAAAUUAUGAUCAUGCUUGUACACUGGUUCAAUUAUUUGCAGAAAUUGAAGUAACUGUUGAUUUUUUAAUUGAAAUUGAUAAACUUGUUCAACUGCUGGAAUCACCUAUUUUUACAUAUCUUCGCUUAGCACUUCUUGAUGUAGAAAAUAAUCAAACAUUAAUUCGUGCAUUAUGUGGUUUAUUGAUGUUAUUACCAGGUAAAACAGAUGCAUUUCAUAUAUUAAGAAGACGUCUUGAAUGUGUACCAAAUUUUAUUGAUAAAUUUACAUCAGUUGAUAAACGUCUUGCUAAUCUAUCAAUAAAUACCAAAGAAAACGAAACAAUAAAUGAUCCGAGAAAAAAUAUUCAUUUUGAUGAAUUACAACAAUAUUAUUUAUCUAUACAAAACAAACAUAUAGAUUCGAAAAGACAAAGAUAUCGUUAUGCACCUACGUCCGAUGGUUUAUAA